ACGUGGUGCUGUGCCUGCUGGCGGCCGACGAGGACGACGACAGGGACGUGGCGCUGCAGAUCCACUUCACCCUGAUCCAGGCGUUCUGCUGCGAGAACGACAUCGACAUCCUGCGCGUCAGCAACCCGGGCCGCCUGGCCGAGCUGCUGCUGCUGGGCGCCGACCCGGGCGGCGCGGGCGCUGCGCAGCCCCCGGACCUGCACUGCGUGCUGGUGACGAAUCCGCACGCGUCGAAGUGGAAGGACCCGGCCCUGAGUCAGCUCAUUUGUUUUUGCCGGGAGAGCCGGUACAUGGACCAGUGGGUCCCGGUGAUCAACCUCCCCGAGCGGUGAUGCGGCCCCCGCGAGGACCGAGCCGAGCCGCGUGGCGCGGAAGUUUGGAAACACCUUUGUAGUUACUGCGCAGUUACCCCGCACGGACGCUGGAUUACGGAAACUGAGGCCGAGGGGCUGAGGGAGCUCGGCUGCUCGUCCUGGGGGCCGCAGUGGUAGAAGACUUUGGAGACACGUGGAGGAGAGGGGGGGAGGAGCCGCGUGGAAACCGAAAUCCGAGUUGGAAGGAACGAAACUCUGAAAGAUCCGAGCUGGAGGCAGGCUGUGUGCAUUUAGGACGGCCUCGUUCCGCUAAACCCAGCCACGCGUGCUCUGCCCAGUUCAAACGAGCUGCCCUGGUCUGGGUAUUUAGGGUUCCUACGCGCUCAAGGAAACCCGCACGGGGUUCAUAUCACCUUCAGACCGUAUUUGAUGAGAUGUUAAAUUCUCAAAAGUUUUAUUGUAAAUUGCACUAAGUUAUUUUAUGAUGUGAAAGAUUAUUUAUGCUAUUCAAGUUUUUGAGUCACAAUACCUGAAUAAAGCAGUAUGGAAUAAUUGC